AUCCCUUUCUGAGCGCUCAAGUUCUUUCGUAAAUUUCCAACGAAUCCAAGGGCAUUCUGUCGCAAAAACCGUAUAAAACCGACGCCGUCCCUUCCCGAACCAAAGCCUCUCUCAUCCCCCAACAUAGGCACAAAACCCCAGCGAGCCAUGGGAUUCGGUGCUUUGCUUCCCGCACUUCUCGUCCUUCUCCUCUCCGUUACUCCCUCCGUCAUCUCCUGCCCGCCGUCAGACCGGGCAGCACUCCUCGCUUUCAAAUCCGCCCUGACCGAGCCUUACCUCGGCAUCUUCAACACGUGGACGGGCACCGACUGCUGCCACAACUGGUACGGCGUCAGCUGCGACCCCACCAAUUCCCGUGUCGCCGACAUCAACCUCCGCGGCGAGUCCGAGGACCCAAUCUUCGAACGGGCCCACCGCUCCGGCUACAUGACCGGUCACAUUUCGCAAGAGGUCUGCAAGCUCGACCACCUCAGCAACCUCGUCCUCGCCGACUGGAAGGGAAUCUCUGGUGAAAUCCCCCCCUGCAUCACCUCCCUCCCGUUCCUCCGCAUCCUCGACCUCGUCGGAAACCAGAUCUCCGGUCCGAUCCCAUCCGACAUCGGAAAGCUGAAGCACCUCACCGUCCUCAACGUCGCCGAUAACCAGAUCUCCGGCAGGAUUCCGAACUCACUCCCGAAUAUCGCCGGACUGAUGCAUCUCGACCUCAGCAACAACAGAAUCACUGGCGAGCUUCCGCAGAACUUCGGCAAGCUGAAGAUGCUCAGCAGGGCACUCCUCAGCCGGAAUCAGAUCUCCGGCGAGAUUCCGAGCUCGAUCGCCGGCAUGUCCCGGCUCGCCGACUUGGAUCUGUCCGAGAACCAUAUCUCUGGCUCCAUCCCGGCAAAGAUAGGGAGAAUGCCUGUUCUGUCCUCUCUUAAUCUGGACUGUAAUAGGAUCUCCGGCGGGAUUCCGGCGAGCUUACUGGAUGGAGCCGGCCUGAACAUUUUGAAUCUAAGCCGGAAUGCGUUCGACGGCAACAUUCCAGACGUGUUUGGGCCGAGAUCGUAUUUCAUGGAGCUGGAUCUGGCGUACAACCACCUGAAAGGGCCGAUACCGAGAUCUAUCACGUCGGCGGCGUAUAUCGGUCACCUGGAUCUGAGUUACAACCACCUCUGCGGUCAAAUUCCGGCCGGCGCGCCGUUCGAUCAUCUGGAAGCUUCGUCGUUCGUCAGUAACGACUGCCUCUGCGGUCAGCCACUACGGCAGUGCUAAUUUUUCGGCUGGUCCGAAACGUGCGUAUCGUGUUUUUAGGAAUCGCUUGUGGGUCUGUGCAGUGCUCUCUGUACUACGUGGCAGGAAAUAUGUUCUUUCUUCUCUCUGUUUUUUUUUUUU